UCAUGCUGUAAAGCAGAUGAAAAAGGGGGGUAUAAAAUGCAGGGUCUGUGCUGCAUUCCUCAUUAAGGGGCACCAAGUCUGUGACAUCAGCUUGUGUCACCCAAACGCGAUGCUAUCUGCUUGAGUUGCACUAUUACAAUCUGAUUGGGAAACAGAUGAGAUCAGAGCUUUUAAAGCCCACGGCUGCCUGGGAAAUGGUCCCUUUCUUCUGCCUAAAUCUGCAUUAUAGCAGGGGCGUGCACGUAAUCGGGGGCGCGCAGCAGGCAGCAGAAGGAGCCACAGCAAAGAUGGAGUCCCAGCAGCUGCAGGGAGGGAUGAAGUCAGCCAAGUCUCUGCCGUUUAAUUGACACUGCUAUUUUCUCCCCACAGAUGGCAUUGGUCUGUGGCAUCACUCUGCUUCUCUCCAUGUCUGCCACCCAGGGUAUAUCUCAUCUGGCUUGAGAGGCAAAUGUUGCUCCCAGGGACUGUGCUAUGUCUGAAUAGCUGGAAGAACAUCGGGGCACCUAGCUGCACAUCUUCUCCCGGGGUCUAGCCCCCUUGGCAUCCUGCUCAUCCUCUCCAGCAAACUGCAUGCAGGCGGUAAGGUUGCAUGGGCAAUCUCCAUAGCCACUCAUCAUAGGGUUGUGCCAGGAGGGUUCCUAAAAAAAAUAAAAUAAUAAUUUAAGUGGGGUAUUGUGUUGAGAGAUCGCCUGCCAAGAUGCUCCCUUCCCAAGAAGCCUCUAAGCUCUACCAUGACAAUUACAUGAGGAACUCCAGAGCCAUAGGCGUCCUAUGGGCCAUCUUUACCAUCUGCUUUGCCAUCAUCAACGUGGUGGUCUUCAUCCAACCCUACUGGAUAGGGGACAGUGUCAAUACACCCAAGCCUGGCUACUUUGGGCUUUUCCACUACUGUGUAGGCAAUGGGGCAGGCAACAGAGAGUUCACCUGCCGGGGAUCCUUCACAGAUUUCAGCACCAUUCCUUCAGGAGCCUUCAAGGCGGCUGCUUUUUUCGUGCUGCUGUCCAUGGUGCUGAUCCUGGGCUGCAUCACCUGCUUUGCCCUCUUCUUCUUCUGCAACACGGCCACUGUGUACAAGAUCUGCGCCUGGAUGCAGCUGUUUGCAGCUCUGUGCCUGGUGCUCGCCUGCAUGAUAUUCCCAGAUGGAUGGGAUGCAGAGACGAUUAAGGACAUGUGCGGGGACAAGACUGGAAAGUACUCCCUGGGAGACUGCUCCGUCCGCUGGGCCUACAUAUUGGCCAUUAUUGGGAUCCUGAAUGCCCUUAUUCUUUCCUUCCUUGCCUUUGUAUUGGGUAACAGACAGAAUGAUUUGCUUCUGGAUGACCUUAAGUCAGACAACAAAGACGACAUAAAGUAAAUGAACCCAGAGGGGGCAUAGGAUAGCCUCACCAACGCAGGAAUGUCUUCAGGCUGCCCACCGUCCCGUCCCACCCCAUUGGUAUUGUUAUUCCACUUCUUGUAUUGCUGUCCUCUGCCACACUGCCUUGAAUCCCCCCUCAUCCAGUGAAAUCUUCAUCUUAGCCUUGAAGAGAAUUCUUCCUCCACUAAGACGGUGCCUGCACUGCCGCAACGACGAGCCCCCUCCCCGAAGCCCUCCUAUGCUAAGUGAUAACCAGCGAUGGCGUUAAUAUCAGCUCCUUUUCCUUACCUGUCACCAUGGAUGUACAAAGUCUACUGGAAGCCAGGACAUUGCCCCUUUUCCAUAGUUUUUUUUUUUUUUUUUUCUUUUUUCCAUACCCUUUGUUGAAUCCGCAAGAGGCUGCUGCAAGGACAAGUCGCGAAACGCGUUGCAAAUUUUGUACAGACGAAAACUUAUCAAAAGCAUUUAUACCUCUAGAAUUCACCAUCCCGGAACUUACUCCUCUCUCCCACCUUCCUUUUCAGAAAUAUGGGGGGGAUAAAAAAAAAAAAAAAACUUUGUACAUACCUCCUAGACUGCCUAUAGGCUGAUGUUUGGCUACAGCGUGCUUGGACCUGAUGAUUUCAGCAAAUGCCUUUUGUACAGCAGGGCCACAAAAAAAAAACUAUUUAUUUGGUUAUUUUUACAUGUACAUUAGUCACUAUGAACUUCUCGCAACAGGGUAAAAAAAAAAAAAAUGAAAAAAAAGAGCAAUUUUUGACUUGUUCUAUAAUGACAGAGUCAGAAGUGCUGAAUGCGGUGUCUUUCUAUCCAUGGGGAAGAGAGCUGAGCAAGGGAGGACGGGAGGGACGGGAGGGACGGUAUGGCGGUUCAGUGAUGUACAUGAAGCCUCAUCAUCAUCGUCGUCACUCGAUUAUACAUCCUGAGGAUCGGUACAGCCGGAUCUAUAUACAAAGUACCGUACCUUGUAUAUAAACCAAAAAAAAAAAAGAGAAUUAACUGUGUAAAUAAGAGAAUAGGUCAAUGAAGGUAAAAUUCCUUUAAUCUGAAAUCCAAUACUCCAGAUCAGGGAAUUCCUUUAUUCCUUUAACUUUUCCCCACUCGUUUCAAGCAAGGUUUUACAAGACCAGAAGUAGAAGACUGAGAUCUAUUUCUAUAGUCUACCUCCCUGUGGUCCUCGAUUACCAGGAAAUUAUUUAAUGCAAUGUUUUCCAUAAAGGUUGCCUCCAGCUGUUGCAAAACUACAACUCUCAGCAUGCCCAGACAGCCUUCGGCUGUCUGGGCAUGCUGAGAGUUGUAGUCUUGCAACAGCUGGAGACACACUGUUCGUAAAACACUGAUUUAAGUCCCUGGCGAAGUGGAUCACAUCAACAAUGGACACUGUUUAAACCUCCUGUAAACGUCAUAGCCCAAGACUUGCCCACUGUUAAAGAAAUCAGGAUACAGAUUUUCCGAAAUUUCCCAUGCAAGCCUGUAGUCUUGGGCAAGUCUCGGACUUCAAUUUUUGCCAGGAGAUUUAAACAGAUAUCAUGCCGCCGGACCAUCAUUGGACCAACAAGGGAUAUGCCACUCGGAAUUAGUUCCAGACAGAAUCCGCUUGCAGCAGAACCCCAUUGAUCUCAAUAGGAUUCUGCUGCUCAGAGCACACGAGGGAAGUCCAUAGCAGAACUUCCAACUCUGGAUUCCCCUAAAAGAUUGUUCAUUUUUUGACCUCGUUCAGACAACGGAAAAUUUGCGGGAAUAUCCACCCGGAAAACAUGAGCUGACAUUCCACAAAUGUUCAUGUUCAGCCGGUGCUAGAACUGCACAGAAAUGUGCCAUCUCCAUAGACGGCAAUGCAUUUUUCGAGCGGAUUCCGCUGAAAGAAGGAACAUAUUCUUUUGGCGGAGAGCACAAUCUGAAUUUGUGCGACGAAAACAUCUGGCGCGGAAAUUCAGCUGUGGGCAAGGUGCAGCAGAAUCCCAUUGAAAACAAUGGGACUCUGCUGCAACGGAAUUUCCGAGCUGAAUUUUUGCAUCGGAAUUCGCUCGCAAAUUUCGCUGUGUGUAAACUUUCCCUUUUGAUGAAAUUCCGCCCAGAAAAGCCCAUUGUCAAUGGGACUUUGAAUUGAAGGAGUUAAAGGAAAACAGUCACCCGUUCACCAACACUAAACCCAAUACACCGGGUUAUAGUGCGGGCGAACAGGAGGCCAAUGCGGGGUCUCUGACUAAGGGUGAUUUCACACCACGUUUUGUACUUACGGUUCCCGUAUACUGCUGGGAGGAGGGGGCGGGGCUUAAUCGCGGCGCCCGCACUCAGCUGUAUAGGGGAACCGUAUUUAAUGUAUGUCUAUGAGCCGACCGGAGUGAACCGCAGCCUCCGGUCGGCUGCGUUUUCGGCCGUAUGCGGUUUCCCGACCGCAGGCAAAAAAUGUGGUC